AUGGUCUCAUCAUACCAGGCCGGGCCUAAUGGGACAGGUGUUGUCCAGCGCCAGCCCGGCCAUAGGCCUUCCACCUGCUGCCGCCUGGCCCUUGCCCUGCCCAUGUGGGUGCCGGCUGCGCUGAGCAAUGGGGAGGCCGUGGACGCGGCUCUCCCAGGGGCCCGGCGCUCCAGCUGGAAGCGGAAGAGCUCCCGUCGCAUCGAGCGGUUCACGUUCCCCGCCCUGGAAGAAGAUGUGAUCUACGACGACGUCCCCUGCGAGAGCCCAGAAGCCCAUCAGCCCGGGGUGGACAGGGGCCUGCUCUACGAAGACGUGCACCGGGACGGAGCGCCCCGGGAGGCCGAGGACCUAGGCUGGAGCUCCAGCGAGUUUGAGAGCUACAGCGAGGGCUCCGGGGAGGAGGCCAGGCCGGAGGCAGAGCCCACCAAGCACCGCGUGUCCUUCCAGCCCAAGAUGACCCAGCUCAUGAAGGCCGCCAAGAGCGGGACCAAGGAUGGGCUGGAGAAGACGCGAAUGGCCGUCAUGCGCAAAGUCUCCUUCCUGCACCGCAAAGACGUCCUGGGUGACUCGGAGGAGGAAGACAUGGGGCUCCUGGAGGUGGCCGUGACGGAUAUCAAGCCCCCGGCCCCGGAGCUGGGCCCCAUGCCUGAUGGCCUGAGCCCUCAGCAGGUCGUCCGCAGGCACAUCUUGGGCUCCAUCGUGCAGAGCGAAGGCAGCUACGUGGACUCCCUGAAGCGGAUACUCCAGGAUUACCGCAACCCCCUGAUGGAGAUGGAGCCCAAGGCGCUGAGCGCACGCAAGUGCCAGGCCGUGUUCUUCCGCGUCAAGGAGAUCCUGCACUGCCACUCCAUGUUCCAGAUCGCCCUGUCGUCCCGCGUGGCCGAGUGGGACUCCACCGAGAAGAUCGGUGACCUCUUCGUGGCCUCGUUCUCCAAGUCCAUGGUGCUGGACGUGUACAGCGACUACGUGAACAACUUCACCAACGCCAUGUCCAUCAUCAAGAAGGCCUGUCUCACCAAGCCCGCCUUCCUUGACUUCCUUAAGCGGCGGCAGGUGUGCAGCCCGGACCGGGUCACCCUCUACGGGCUCAUGGUGAAGCCCAUCCAGAGGUUCCCGCAGUUCAUCCUCCUGCUGCAGGACAUGCUGAAGAACACCCCCAGGGGCCACCCCGACCGGCUCUCGCUGCAGCUGGCCCUCACCGAGCUGGAGACGCUGGCUGAAAAGCUGAAUGAGCAGAAGCGGCUGGCCGACCAGGUGGCCGAGAUCCAGCAGCUGACCAAGAGCGUGAGCGACCGCAGCAGCCUCAGCAAGCUGUUGACCUCAGGCCAGCGGCAGCUGCUCCUGUGCGAGACGCUGACGGAGACGGUGUACGGGGACCGCGGGCAGCUGAUCAAGUCCAAGGAGCGCAGGGUCUUCCUGCUCAAUGACAUGCUGGUCUGUGCCAACAUCAACUUCAAGGGCCAGCUGGAGAUCAGCAGCCUGGUGCCCCUGGGCCCCAAGUACGUGGUGAAGUGGAACACGGCGCUGCCCCAGGUGCAGGUGGUGGAGGUGGGCCAGGAGGGCGGCGCCUACGACAAGGACAACGUCCUCAUCCAGCACGCUGGUGCCAAGAAGGCGCCCGCCGCGGGGCAGGCCCAGAACAAGGUGUACCUCGGCCCCCCACGCCUCUUCCAGGAGCUGCAGGACCUGCAGAAGGACCUGGCCGUGGUGGAGCAAAUCACCCUGCUCGUCAGCACACUGCACGGCACCUACCAGAACCUGAACAUGACCGUGGCUCAAGACUGGUGCCUGGCCCUGCAGAGGCUGCUGCGGGUGAAGGAGGAGGAGAUCCACUCGGCCAACAAGUGCCGCCUCCGGCUGCUGCUCCCGGGGAAGCCGGACAAGUCCGGCCGCCCCAUCAGCUUCAUGGUGGUCUUCAUCACCCCCAACCCCCUGAGCAAGAUCUCCUGGGUUAACAGGCUGCACCUGGCCAAGAUCGGGCUCCGGGAGGAGAACCAGCCGGGCUGGCUGUGUCCGGACGAGGACAAGAAGAGCAAAGCCCCGUUCUGGUGCCCGAUCCUGGCCUGCUGCGUCCCCGCCUUCUCCUCCCGGGCCCUGAGCCUGCAGCUCGGGGCCCUGGUCCACAGUCCCGUCAGCUGUCCCCUGCUCGGCUUCUCCGCGGUCAGCACCUCCCUUCCACAGGGCUACCUCUGGGUCGGAGGAGGGCAGGAGGGCGCCGGCGGGCAGGUGGAGAUCUUCUCCCUGAACCGGCCCUCGCCGCGCACCGUCAAGUCCUUCCCGCUGGCGGCGCCCGUGCUCUGCAUGGAGUACAUUCCCGAGCCGGAGGAGGAGGAGGAGAGCGGGGAUGAGGGGGCGCCGGCGGCCGACCCCUCGGCUGCAGUGCGUCCCACCAUCUGCCUCGGGCUGCAGGACGGCAGCAUCCUGCUCUACGGCAGCGUGGACACCGGCACCCAGUGCCUGGCGACCUGCAAGAGCCCUGGCCUGCAGCCUGUGCUCUGCCUGCGCCACAGCCCCUGCCACCUGCUCGCUGGCCUGCAGGACGGGACCCUGGCCGCCUACCCUCGGAGCAGCGGAGGCGCCCUGUGGGACCUGGAGAGCCCUCCCACGUGCCUGACCGUGGGCCCUGGGCCCAUCCGCACCCUGCUGAGCCUGGGGGACGCCGUGUGGGCCAGCUGUGGGGCCCGGGUCACCGUCCUGGACGCUAGCAGCCUGCAGACCCAGCAAAGCUUCGAGGCGCACCAGGACGAGGCGGUGAGCGUGACACACAUGGUGAGAGCGGGCAGCGGCGUCUGGAUGGCCUUCUCCUCCGGCUCCUCCAUCCGCCUCUUCCACACCGAGACGCUGGAGCACCUGCAGGAGAUCAACAUCGCCACCAGGACCACCUUCCUGCUGCCAGGCCAGAAGCACCUGUGUGUCACCAGCCUCCUGAUCUGCCAGGGUCUGCUCUGGGUGGGCACUGACCAGGGCGUCCUCGUCCUGCUGCCCGUGCCUCGGCUGGAGGGCAUCCCCAAGAUCACAGGGAAAGGCAUGGUCUCGCUCAACGGUCACUGCGGGCCUGUGGCCUUCCUGGCCGUGGCUACCAGCAUCUUGGCCCCCGACAUCCUGCGGAGCGACCAGGAGGAGGCGGAGGAGGACAAGGCCGACGGGCCCGCCCAGGAGCCGGCGCCCGCGCCCGACAGCCACGUGGGCCGCGAGCUGAGCCGCAAGAAGGGCAUCCUGCUGCAGUACCGCCUGCGCUCCACGGCGCACCUGCCCGGCCCGCUGCUGUCCGUGCGGGAGCCGGCGCCCGCCGACGGCGCUGCCCCGGAGCACGGCGAGGAGGACGGCUCCAUCUACGAGAUGGCCGACGACCCCGACGUCUGGGUGCGCAGCCGGCCCUGCGCCCGCGACACCCACCGCAAGGAGAUCUGCUCCGUGGCCAUCAUCUCCGGCGGCCAGGGCUACCGCCACUUCGGCAGCGCGCCAGGCGGCGGGCGGCCGGCCCCGUGCGGGGACACGGACAGCACCCUCCUCAUCUGGCAGGUGCCCUUGACGCUAUAGCCGCUCUGCCCGGGGGGCACGGGGAGCGCCUGGGGAGUUGCCCUCCGGGGACACCUGGAGUCUCCAGUGACUGGCCGCAUCGGCAGAGCGCAGGGAAGCCUCCCCCCCCCCCCCCUUUUUAAAGCGGGUUUUCCCGCAGCGUGUUGUGGGGAGGGGUUCCAGCGUCUGGGGAGAGGGAGGACGGAUCUGGAGGGAAUGGCCUUCUUUUUAAAAAGCAAAAAACACAAAACCUCACCACUGCCUGGCAGGCCCAGCGCCGCGUGUCGGGCCCCGGGGGCCCCAGGCAGCCACGCGCCCCUCCUGGAAGGGUGCGUGCGUGUGAGUGCGUGAGCGUGUGGGCUGGUGUGUGAAUACAUAUAAAUACGUACAUAUGGUGUAUAUUACAUGUGUGUAAAUACUGUCUGUACAUAUCGGAGCUCUGGGAGGUGCUGGAAUAAAGGUGCGUCAGUGCC